ACUUAAUUACAUCCUCGUACACGGGUGGAUUUAUACAGUGUCUAACAUGACGUGAUGAAUGUAAUACCACGCCUAGCCUGGUGACAUGGUGUAAUAUGGUGUGGGAAGUGAAGACUCAACCAGUCUCUAAAAGAGUUAAGGAGCCCCAGACAGACUGUUCAGGCAUGGACAAGGCAUUUGACCUACUUAAGUGUAAUGAGGACCUGCCAACCUCACCAGGGUGCCCUUCCAGUGAAGGCCAAAUAGAAUAUGAUGACUUGCCAGAGCUGCAGGAGGUGCAGGAUGACCAGUUGUCCCAAGAAGUGUUUCAGGUGACCCCAGGUAUAUCACACGAAGAAGGGCCUGAGCAGGACUGGAGCCUGCAGUCAGAGAGCAGUAGCUCCUCCAAUACAAACUGGCUUACAGAGCUAGCCAACAUUGCCACAAGUCCCCAAAGUCCCCUACUGCAGAAUACCCCUCACCCCAGGUCCUCUCCUGUGCACAUUUAUGCCAGCAGUAGCAGUAGUUUACAUUCCUAUGCCCGUCCUCCUUUGGCGUCCAGCAGUGCUCCCAGUCCAGCUCGAAGCCACAUGAGAGAGCGCCGCCGCAUCAGGGCCAGCAGUGAGUCUGAUUCAGGGGUGUUCUCUAUGUCCUCACUGUUGGACGACUAUGACAUGGGAUGGUCCCAUUCUUGGCCCUCCACAGUCUGGCACUGUUUUUUGAAAGGCACACGACUGCGCUUUCACAAAGGGCCAAACGUGGAGUGGCAGGAGGCAGAGGACCUGGCUGAGUCUGAGGAUGAGUCUGAUGAGGAAGGUGGCAUGCACUUAAAUCCCUUUAAGAAUUAUGGAUCUGAGGGGUUGAAGCUGGUGGCUCUGGAGGAAACUGUGUCUUUCGGUCAGUCUGUUCUGAAAUUGACAUUCGACCCUGGUUCACCAGAGGCUGGUCAUCUAACUGCAGAGUGUCAAUUAGACCAUCCAUUCUUUGUGAAAAAUAAAGGGUGGUCUUCCUUUUGUCCAAGCCUUACAGUGGUGCAGCACGGCAUCCCCUGUUAUGAUAUGCAGGUUGGGGAUUUGUGUCUACCUCCAGGACACCGUGAUGCCAUCAAAUGUGAUGACUCAACUGUUUUUGACACUUUCAGGAGUUAUGACUUCACCCCUCUGGACUCGUCUGCUGUGUAUGUUCUGAGCAGCAUGGCACGCCAAAGAAGAGCCUCUCAGUCCAGCGGGGGUACUGUGAGUCCUGACUUUGACAAACUUGAUGCCUCUGGCUCGUUCCACUAUUCCCCCAGUAGCAAAUCACAUCGUAGCCACUCCUCAGGGAGCAGUGGAUCCACGCCCACAAAGUGCAAACGUCCAAUGAAUGCCUUUAUGCUCUUUGCGAAGAAGUAUCGUGUGGAGUUUACACAGAUGUAUCCUGGAAAGGAUAACAGAGCUAUCAGUGUGAUUCUAGGUGAUAAGUGGAAGAAAAUGAAGAACGAGGAGAGGAGGAUGUACACCAUGGAGGCUAAAGCGCUGGCUGAGGAACAGAAGCGUCUCAACCCUGACUGUUGGAAACGCAAGAGAACCAACUCGGGUUGUGGCAGGUCUACUCAGCAGGGCUCUCAGCAGAACCAGCCUGAGGUGUCCUGCAGGGCUAUAAAAAAGGACUGAGAGAAACUGAUGCAACCUGAUCCGGUCCAUUUGCCUGUAAAACUGACAAGAUCUAACUGUGAUGCUAAAUGCUUAUAAAAAAGUCAUUACAGUGAUAUGACAGUAGAAAUGCAUAUAAACAUUAUAAAAUCAUAUUAUUUAGUAAACUAACAGUGCUUAUAUAUUUCUUAUUCUUUAAAAAAAAAAAAUGAAAAUGCCUUCUUCCAAAGUAAAAAUGCUCAAUUGUACUUUCAGGUAAUUUUUGUAUUCCUAGGCUUGAAAGGUAAGACCCUGUGGUGCUAUUGUAGUGAGAGUAAAGAAGCAGUAUAUAUGAAAUAAAAACCUAUUUUUAAAUGAAAAAGGGGAAUUUUAGAUGUUAGCCUGUUUGCAGCUGUUCAAGAGUUAUAUUUGCAUAACUCAAAAUAUUGCACAGAUUCAAUGUAUUGCAAAUAGACGAAUACUGUUGAAUUUUCGAUUCAUCAGUGAUCUGGGAAAGGUCGUUUUGUAGACACCAGCUCAGACCACAAACUGUGUUUGCUUAAGCGUGACUGAGUAUGAGUGAGCAUGGACGAGCUUUUGUUUGGAUGAAUGAGCAUAUAUAUGUUUUUACUCAACUGGCCAUAUUACAGUGUAUAACAGGCUUCUAUAUACAUACACCAACAUUUACUUGAUUAUAUAUAAACACAUACAUAUAUGAAAACACACACACAUACACAAACACACAUUCUCUCACAUACAGCACUUCAGGGCCAUGCCUUCACUGUAAGUGUUUUGUUUUUGCACUUUAAAUACAUACAUAACCUUAUACAUGCAGCAAAUGUAUACAAACUGAAAUAUUGUGUAUAAAAUUAUAUAUGUGUAUCUUACUGAAAUAUUCUUUGACACAAUCAUGGCCAAACUGUACAGGUUUUGUGUUUUGCAGGGCUGUCAUUGCAUUAGAUAAAAAUGCUUGUUUAUAAUGUACAGAUCCAUGUUCCCAUCAAGUACUUGCACAUAAUAUUCUUGUAUCAUAUUAUGAAUAAAAGUUUAAACUUAAUAACUA